AUUAUUCAUAUAGAUUAUUCGUAUUAGUAAUUAAACCAGUGACGAUCUGCGCUUUGACCUAACCACCUGCAUUUUCAAGACAGCUUUAUUUACUAUCAGAAAUAUAGUUGUACCUAGGUAAACUAGAACCUACAUUUUGUGUGGCCUAAAAACGGCAGGGACCGCUUAAGAACCAAUAAUCCAGACCAUAUUAAUUAUUACAUACAAUUUGAGAGAGAGACCAUAAACAAAUAAAUAUGGUGACAUUUGAGAACUAUUUACGUGUAGUAAAUCAAAAAAACUGGAAAGCAAGAUUAUAUUCGAUUAUUUUAAUGAUGUUCAUGCUCAUAUUUUAUUGCUUGAAGUCAUAUACUCGAAUUUCACACGAAUCUGAUAUUAAACAUGUCGGGCGUGUUCUAUUAUCAAGUAUCAAUAAAACAAAAAGUCAAAGAGAAAAAUCGUUUUUUGAAGAGAUUUUUAUUUUUGAGGAACGCACUUUCACUAUAUUGUGUACUUCUGUUGUUGCUUUAUACUUAUUUUUAUUUUUGGGAGUAGUAUGCAAUCGUUAUUUGGUACCAAGCAUUCAUAUAAUUUCUCACAGGAUGAAGUUGAGUGAAGAUGUUGCAGGAGCGUCUGUAAUGGCUGCAGCAGUGGCAUGUCCUGAACUAUUCGUUAAUAUACUAGCUACGUUCUUUACAGAGGGCGAUGUUGGAAUCGGAACUGUAGUCGGCACUGGCUUAUUUAAUGUACUAUUAGUUCCUGGACUUUGUAUAAUUAUGGCAGAUCAAAAGGUCAUACACCUGGAAAACUGGCCCAUCACACGUGAUGUAUCCAUGUAUCUUUUAACUAUAUCAUUAUUAGUUUGGUCAUUAGCUGAUAACAAGGUUUAUGCUUACGAAGCGUUGAUAUUAAUUAUAGUUUACAUGGUAUACCUAUUAAUUCUCUCUUACAGCUCAUAUCUUGAAAAAAUAUUUAAAUAUAUAUCUCAACAAGAGAACAAAGUUUUCGAAGGGUGCAGUGAGAACCAACCGAUUCUUCCUCUAAAUGGAGUUGCAGCAAAUGGAUUUAUAGUGCAAGAGCAUAUUAAUUUGCCCAAAUGGAAGGACAGACUUCGUGAUCAACUAUUAAAUAUCAAAGAAAUACUGGUAUGGCCUAUAGUCUUAAUCUUAAAAGUGACUGUUCCGAGCUGCAAUAGCCAAGAUAGAGUUUUUUGGAUACCAAUUACCAUGUGUAUGUGUAUAUUUUGGAUUGGAUGUGGAUCAUUUAUCAUUGUAGAAUUGAUUACAAUUAUAGGAAAUGAAUUCUCAAUACCUGAUUCAGUUAUGGGCAUUACAUUAUUAGCAAUUGGUAUGAGUGUACCCGAAAUGGUGUCUAGUAUAGCAGUUGCAAGACAAGGACGAGGAACCAUGGCUUUAUGUACCGCACUGAGUUCAUCAACAUUUGAUGUUUUAAUUUGUUUGGGUGUUCCGUGGUUUAUAAAAGCUAUGUGGUUCCACAAAGAAAACUCAAGUGCAUCUAUAAAUGUUCACUCGAGAAGUCUCGACGAUAGUGCGAUAGCUGUGAUGUUAAGUACAAUUGGUUUUAUGCUAUUGAUGUGUGCCAAAUCAUUUGUAUUAACUAAAAGAUCAGGUGGAUUUCUUGUUUUCAUAUGGUUAUUCAUUUGCUCAGCCAUGGUGUACAAUGAGUAUGCAACAAAAUGAGAAUAAUUCGUGUAGCUUGAUUGCUCAAUCAUUUUGCGUGAGUUGAUGAACGAUGACAUGUAAAUGGCCAAUAGUAUACUUGUCUAUGGCUAAUGCCAUCGUUAAAAUGAGCCACGGAAUAUUGAUUUAGGUUCUGAAGACUGAAAUAUCAGGAUCAUUGAGUAUACGUCAAAAGGACGGGCCCGUCUUAUCUUCUAAAAAUACUUGAGACAAUUUUAAUGUCUGGUAUAAUUAGGUACCUAGCAUAAGAUCGUUUACGUUAUUAAAUAAUAUAUAAUAAUGUGCUGUGAUUAGACAUAUUAAUAUAUUAUAGAUACCUACUUGUGUUAAGCAAAAACUAUUGAAAGAAACUUUAAUAAAUAUUAAAUAUAGCCUAUAUGUACCUAAGUUCAUAUUAUAAUGAUUAUAU